CCACAAUCCCCCCCCGCGUCCUCAUCGCGCCGGCCUACCAGGCCCGGUAGAAUUCAAUCUACACCUCUCCAACUCACCAUCUAACCUUGAUCCCCUCAAGGGAAAUUUUUACUCCAAGAUGCAAGGCUUCAACAUGGGACGAUACGUCCCCCCGGACCAAGAAGGCACAACGACCGGCAACGCGCUCCACAAGAAACACCCGCUCGGGGCGCGCGCGCGCCACCUCAAGACGACCGGCGCGCUCACCGUGCGCUUCGAGAUGCCCUUCGCCGUCUGGUGCACCACGUGCCGCCCGCACGAGACCCUGAUCGGCCAGGGGGUGCGGUUCAACGCCGAGAAGAAACCCGUGGGGCGGUACUACUCCACCCCCGUGUACAGUUUCCGGAUGAAGCAUGCCGCCUGCGGCGGGUGGAUUGAGAUCCGCACCGACCCGCGGAAUACCGAGUAUGUGGUUGUGGAAGGGGGCCGGCGGAGGGAUUUCGGGGCCGCUGAUGCGGGGCAGGGGCAGGGGGAGGGCGGCGAGAUUUUGGUGGGGGGGUUGGGUACUGGGCAUGGGCAGAGGAACAAUGAGGUGGAUCCGUUUGCGAGGUUGGAGGGGAAGGUGGAGGAUAAGAGACGGGGUGAUGCGGAGACGGAGAGGAUCCUGGAGUUGCAGGCGCGCCAGGCGAGGGAUUGGGAGGAUCCGUAUGAGAAUUCGCGGCGGUUGAGGAGGGGUUUCCGGGAGGUUAGGAAGGGGUUGGAGAGGAAGGAGGCCGAUACGCAGUUGCUGAGGGAUAAGUUGAGUUUGGGGAUUGAGGUCGUGGAUGAGACGGAGGAGGAUCGCGUUAGGGCCGGCUUGGUGGAGUUUGGCGGGCAGGGGGAUAUGUCCACUGGCACCAGGCUGAAGCCGUUGUUUGCGCCGGGGAAGCCGUCUCGAUCGACGGGCAUGGUCGCGGAUGCGUUGGAGACCCGCAAGGCCCUGUUUCGCACUGAGUUGAGGGGUAAUACUCGCGCGGCUGUGGAUCCGUUCCUCAGUAGCGAUUCGAGUGAAUGGCGCCCGGAGAGCAAGAGACGGAGGACUGUUGCGAGUAGUCGGCUUGCUGAGGAGGAGGCGAGAGAAAGUUGUGCAACGCCUGACAGUGAACCUGUGAGAACGGCAGAGACCACGCCGCUGGCUUCAGCUGGGCUGGUGGAUUACGCGUCGGAUUCUGAUUGAUUCUACAUUGUGCAUAUUCUACAUUGGCGUUACUUUGGUGGUUCGUGAUACCCUGG